AUGAACACUCUCUCUGAGAAGAAGAAAACAGAGAAGAACAGCAAAAUCACCAUCACGAAACAGAGAUCGUUCGAUGCCCGCGGCUCAGAGGUCCAUUCCGUUGAUACCCUGCAUGCGUCAGCGUCAGUCAAAACUGGGACUCAGGCUGUUCAGUUCUUUGCGACAGCGGAUGAGAGCGAAGAGACGAAAGUGAUGUUUCUCAACCGAUGUGACACGGGCUUGGACUUCCGACCAUAUGACCUCGUCGUUGUUCCAAGAGAAGAGAUAAAACAAGAGCAUUUCACUAUUUCAGCCUCGGGAGUUGUUCAUAUCAAUCCUGGUGAACCUGCCCAGUUCACGCCCCUGUCAGAGUGGUGGAGAGCUUCUUCUAUCUUCGGCACUCUCCGGACGAUUCCAUUCUUCAAGAACUACCUCGUUGCGAAAACUCGAAUGCUGUGGUAUGAAAACGUGAGAUAUAGAAAGUAUUGUCAAGUUCGACGUCGUCUAGUGUCGCGGCUCUUCCUGGCUAAGAAAGCUUUCUUCUCGAUCCUGAUGGAGAUCAACAGACAAACCUUCGACUUGAGAAACGUCAAGUUCAUUCAAGUGAAGGACAAAACAACCUACUCUAUCGACGACUUCGCUGAGAGUCAAACAGUGGUCAGAUCGCAGGCGACCAAGGUGUUUGAGGGCAUCUGCGACAAGGUUCAGACGCUCUUGGAGAAAGUCUGUGAAGACGUCUCGUCGCGUGUCAGGCAGUUGGAACUUGGCCCCAAGGAAGACGAGGAGAAGAACGCGAGUGGCAAAGUAAGAAGCAAAUCCAUGCAGCAGGAGAAGCAGGAGGCGAUCGCAAGGCAGAAAUCGUUGGCCCUGGCGCGGCAGGAGGUGGGUCUUCUGACUAACUUCAUCCGGCUGGCGGACUACAUGAUGGUGGAAAGUUUGAUGACGCUGACGGUUGAGAGCACGGAGGACUUCCUAGUGAUGCUGCAGUCCAACCACAAGGUGGGAGUUUACAGCAUCACGCUCAGCAUGGCAAGAGGUCGAAUCUUGUACUCUCCCGAGCUCUCUGACAUCCAGGCGAUGAUGGAGAUCUUCUUGGAUGCGCUGCUCAACUGUGUGCAGUCAGUGCCGAGAUUGUUGUACAUGUCGGUAUUCAAGCCUCACUUCGACGACAAAGUCAUUGGGCCCAACUUGAUGGACAUGAUUAAGACGAGUACAGUCUGGAAGCAAAUCUGCAAAGAGAUCGACGAGGUGAUCUUGCGAGACUUCAACGACAUGGUCUCCUACAGCGACUUUGCAAAGGCGUACUUCCCCAUCUUCGAGUACUCCGCAGACUACGAUCACGAUGCGUUCAAGAACCAAGACCAUCUGCAAAACAGCAGGUCGAUCAAGCUUGAGAUGUUGAAACUCAGAGGAUGGGGAGAAGACUUGGAUCGAAUGAAGCUGCAGAACGUGAACGGGAUCUUCCAGGUGGACAGCAAGACCCUGAAGCAUUUCCUGGUGAGCGAGAAGGACAGGGUGUUGGAGGACAUGAAGUCCGUGGUCCUCGAAGCUGCAAAGGAGAGCUGUGCAAAGGUGUUGUCCGACUUCCAGCAGAAAAUCAAGAUGCUGUCGAAGAAGCCUACCUCUCUCAAAGACUUCGCGUCCUACGUGGAAACGAAGAACGCCAUCACUAACGAGCUGAAGCUGCUCAUGACUUCGUCGCAGACUGUAGACGAGAUGUACAAGGUGCUGGUGCAGUUUGACGUUCGGAUCCCCUCAGCACAGAUGGUCCUGCUUGACGACCUGCACGCCGUCAACUCGCAGUUUCAGAUGCACCUGGACGGGGCAGAGACGGAAGUAAGCGGAAAGAUCUCACAGAUGUCAUCGACCCUCAAGAGUCAGAUCAACAAACUUGACGAUCAGCUCAUGAAUAUCAUGGCUUCCCUGGGCUCCGGCAUCGUCCUCGACCCCGAGGCCGACUGCAAGGACGUGCUGGAGUUCCUGAGCGAGUCCAAGGUAGUCAUCGACGACAUCAAGCUCGACGCGGAGACGUACUCGCACUAUCAGAAGCUCUUCGGCCUCCCUCAGCACGAGUACGGGAACCUGAUGACGGCGAGCGACAUGUUCGACAAGAAGCAGGAGGUCUGGAAGACGAUCAACGACUGGGAGGACAAUGUCUUCGACUGGCAGUCGCAGAGCUGGUUCAAGCUGAAGCCCGACGACAUGGACAAGGAGAUCCAGUCGAUGACGAAGCUUGCCACAAAGUUGCACAAGAGGGACAACGACGCGGUGUCAGAGCGACUGAAGCAGUCCGUCAUGCGAUGGAAGGGCUUCACUCCUGUCCUCGUCGCCCUCGGGAACCCAGCGCUCAAGGAGAGGCACUGGAAGAAAAUCUUCGAGGCCAUGCAGGUGCCGUACCAGCAGGACUUCACGCUCAUGGACCUGAUCCAGUGGAACGUGUUCAUGAUCAAGGACACAGUGGAGGAGGUGUCUGGGGUGGCAUCUGGGGAGAUGGCGCUGGAGCUACAGCUGCAGAAGAUCGAGACGGCAUGGAGCGAACUCAAGUUCCAAGUCAAGAAUUACAGAGACACCAAAGAUGUCUUCAUUCUAGGAGGCCUCGACGAAGUCUUCGCUCAGCUGGAGGACAACCAGGCGGCGCUGCAAACGAUGCUCGCCUCCCGCUUCGUGGUCGGCAUCAGGGCCGAGGUGGAGAGCUGGGACAAGAAACUCUCCCUCCUCUCCGAGACCCUCGACGAGUGGCUGGCGGUACAGCGGUCUUGGAUGUACCUCGAGAGCAUCUUCGGCGCCCCGGACAUUCAGAAGCAGCUGCCGCAGGAGACUGUUCAGUUCCUCCGGGUGGACCAGAGCUGGAAAGACACCAUGAGGAAGACCAAGAAGCGGCCUAACUGCAUCGAGGCCUGCACAGCUGAGGGGGUGCUGGGCUUGUUCCAGGAGGCCAAUAAGGUGCUGGAGAAGAUUCAGAAGAGCCUGGAGGACUACCUGGAGACCAAAAGGAUGGGAUUUCCCCGCUUCUAUUUCCUCUCCAACGACGAGCUGCUCGAGAUCCUCUCUCAGACCAGGGACCCCAAGGCGGUUCAGCCCCAUCUCCGCAAGUGCUUCGACGCCAUGGCGUCUGCAGACUUCGAGGAGGGGCCUCCCCUCGAGGGCCAGACCGCUCCCUCCAUCCAGCUCGCUGCCAUGAACAGCGCAGAGAAGGAGAAGGUCGUCUUCAGCCGCCCCGUCGCCACGGCCCCCAAGAGUGUGGAGUUCUGGAUGUGCGACUUGGAGUUCAUGAUGCGGCAGACCCUGUUGGACUGGACCAUCAAGGCGCGUGCGGCGUACAACGAUGACGUCAGAGAGACUUGGUUCUUCCAGUUCCCCGCCGCCUCCAUCUCCACCAUCGACCAGGAGGCCUGGACGCGCCUGGCGACCGUCGCAAUCACAUCCAUCACAGACGGCAGCAACCCCAACGGCCUGCUGGACUUCCAGAAGUACUCGAUCGAGCAGAUCGACAAGAUGGUCGGAGUGAUCCGCAACGACCUGACCAACAUCCAGCGGUCAGUCAUGGCAAACCUGAUCGUCAUAGACGUCCACGCCCGUGACGUCACCAAGAGGCUCAUAGCCGACAGAGUCACCUCCGUCACUGACUUCGCCUGGAUCUGUCAGCUGCGCUACUACUGGGACGAGGAGAGCAUCAGUGACCAGCAUGGGGUGCUGGUGAAGCAGACGAACGCCUCCUUCUUCUAUGGCUGGGAGUACCUCGGCGUCGUCCCUCGCCUCGUUAUCACCCCCCUCACCGACAAGUGCUUCAUGACUCUUACUGGUGCCCUCAACCUCCUCCUCGGCGGAGCUCCGGCGGGCCCUGCGGGGACAGGCAAGACUGAGUCAGUGAAGGACCUCGGGAAGGCGCUGGCGAUGCCUGUGGUUGUCUUCAACUGCUCUGACGGCCUCGACUACAAGAUGAUGGAGAAGUUCUUCGCCGGGCUGGCGCAAGCGGGCGCCUGGGCCUGCUUCGACGAGUUCAACAGGAUCGACAUCGAGGUGCUGUCAGUGAUCGCACAGCAGAUCAUGACGAUACAGAACGCGCUCAAGGCCUACGCCGAGCGGUUCGAGUUCUUCGGCAAGGUGAUCGGGCUCAACAGGAACUACGGCUGCUUCAUCACUAUGAACCCCGGGUACGCCGGGAGGACGGAGCUGCCCGACAACCUCAAGGCGCUGUUCCGGCCCAUGGCGAUGAUGGUGCCGGACUACGCGCUCAUCGCAGAGAUCAUGCUCUUCUCCGAGGGCUUCGGCGACUCUCUCACGCUCGCUCGCAAGCAGACGGCCAUGUACCGGCUGGCGUCGGAGCAGGUGUCGGCCCAGGACCACUACGACUUCGGCAUGAGGGCGGUGAAGUCUGUGCUGGUGAUGGCGGGGAAGCUAAAGCGAGCAGACCCAAACAUGGUGGAGGACGUGACUCUCAUCCGAGCUCUGCGCGACAGCAACAUCCCCAAGUUCCUCUCGCACGACAUUCCGCUCUUCGAGGCGAUCCUCCGCGACCUGUUCCCAGGGGUGGAGGUGCCUGCCGUGGACUACGGGACGAUCAAGUCGUACAUCGAGCAGGAGCUGGUCGGACAGAAGCUGCAGAUCAUUGGGCCGUUCGUAGGAAAGAUCAUCCAGCUGCACGAGACCAUGAUAGUGCGCCACGGGAUCAUGUUGGUAGGGGUCACAGCCGUCGGCAAGACGACGGUGUCGACGACUCUUGCUCGCACAUUCACCAAGAUGAAGGAGGACGGGAUCGAGCACUUCGAUAGGGUCGACCGCUACACCCUCAACCCCAAGUCCAUCACCAUGGGAGAGCUCUACGGAGAGUUCAACCUCCUGACUCUCGAGUGGACUGACGGCAUCAUCUCCACCAUCGUCCGAGAAGCAUGCAACUCCGUGGCGGAGGGAGACACGGCCAAGAAGUGGAUCAACUGCGACGGGCCAGUCGACGCCAUCUGGAUCGAGUCGAUGAACACUGUACUAGACGAUAACAAGACGCUCUGCCUCAACAACGGUGAGAGGAUCAAGUUGCCCGCUACCAUGUCCAUGCAGUUCGAGGUCAACGACUUGGCCGUUGCGUCUCCCGCCACGGUCAGUCGAUGCGGCAUGGUCUACCUCGAGCCCGUCUACCUCGGAUGGAAACCGCUCGUCACCUCCUGGGCCUCUUACGUCCUCGCCGAGCGAUUCCCCGAGAGCGAGAGCAAGGUGCUCGAGCUCUUCGAGAAGACGGUGGAUCCUGCGCUGUUCUUCGUGAGGAGGGAGUGUAAAGAGAACAUCGUCUCGACCGACGUCAACCUCGUCUGCAGCAUGUUCAACCUCCUCGACGCCCUCCUGCGCGACACCCACGGGGUGACGGUUGACAACUUUGACAGCAUGCUGCCCAACGUCUUCGUCUUCUCCUUCGUCUGGUCCAUAGGUGGCAACCUCAACGACUCCUCCCUCCCAAAGUUCAACGGCUUCGCCCGCGAGCUCCUGGCCGGCCUCGGCCUCUCCCUGCCUUCCACUCCCUCCCUGUACGACAGCAAGGUCGACGAGCAGUCGGGAGCAUGGAGCCACUGGGAGCAGUCCGUCCCGUCCUUCACCUACAAGAAGGAGCUUCCCUUCUUCAACCUCAUCGUCCCAACCAUCGACUCAACCAGGGUCAAGUUCCUGAUUCGGGCGGACAUCGACGCCGGUUUUCACGUCCUCAUUGGGGGAAACUCUGGCGUCGGCAAGACCGUCAUGAUCCAGGACUACCUCGAGAGCGCGGGAGAGAAGUUCGUGUUCCAGACCAAGUCGUUCUCAGCUCAGACCUCAGCCCGGGCCCUGCAGGCCUUCUUUGAGGAGAAGCUGGAGAAGAUCAGGAAGAACCUGCUGGGCCCGCCGUCGGGCAAGAACUUCGUCUUCUUCAUCGACGACCUGAACAUGCCCAUGACGGAGAAGUACGGGGCCCAGCCUCCUAUCGAGCUGCUGCGGCAGAUUAUCAACGUCAAAGAUGACAAGAAUGGAGGGUUCUACGACCUCAAGAAGAUCGGCCUCUUCAAGCGCGUCCAGCAUACCCAGUUCAUCGCCGCUAACGCUCCUCCCGGGGGCGGACGGUCCGUGGUCACUGCCCGCCUCCUCCGCCACUUCCAUCUCAUCAACAUCCCGGACCUGUCCGCCUCCACCAUGAAGAAGAUCUUCGUCUCCAUCGCCAACGGCUUCUUCGCCGACUGGCCCUCCGACUUUGCGGGGCUUGCUGAGCCCCUGGUGGAGGGGACGCUGGGGGUGUACCAGGAUAUUCAGCAGGCGCUGCUGCCCAUCCCCUCCAAGAGCCACUACACCUUCAACCUCCGCGACCUCGCCAAGGUCAUCCAGGGUAUCCUCAUGGUGGAGGCGAAGCACGUGGAGGACGUGAACGCGCUGCUCCGGCUCUGGUGCCACGAGAGCUCUCGAGUCUUCCGCGACCGCCUGGUGGACGAGCACGACAGGAGCUGGUACGACGACAAGCUGGUGGAGGUGCUGGAGAAGAACUUCUCCAAGGCCUGGGGGGCCAGCGCGUUCGUGGACGUGGUGUGGGGAGACUUCUUGCAAGGGGAAGGGUCGCCCUACCUGGAGAUCGCAGACAUGGAGCUCGCAGCCUCCAAGUUGAAGGAGUUUGCGGAGGACUACACGCUCAACCUCAACAAGCCCAUGGACCUCGUCUUCUUCAAGGACGCCAUCCAGCAUGUCGGCAGGAUCUCCCGCCUCCUUCGCCAGCCCCGUGGCAACGCGCUGCUGGUGGGAGUGGGAGGGAGCGGGAGGCAGAGCCUGACUCGGCUGGCGUCCUUCAUAGCGGACAUGAAGUGCUUUCAGAUCGAGCUGUCGCGAGGAUACGGUCUGAACGAGUUCCACGAGGACCUGAAGAAGCUGCUGAUUCAGGCGGGGGCGGAAGGAAAGCCGACGGUCUUCUUGUUCACGGACACACAGAUCGUGAAGGAGAGUUUCUUAGAAGACAUCAACAACAUCCUCAAUGCUGGUGAAGUACCCGACCUAUUUGCAAACGAUGAGAUGAGCAAGAUCAUUGAUGCUGUUCGUCCCAAGGCAAAGGCUGCCGGCAGGCUGGAGACAAAGGACUCUAUCUAUUCCUACUUUGUCCAACUUUGUCGAGAGAAUCUUCAUUGCGUCCUUGCUUUCAGUCCCGUCGGAGAUUCAUUCAGGAAUCGCCUCCGCAUGUUCCCAUCGCUCGUCAACUGCUGCACCAUCGACUGGUUCAUGUCAUGGCCCGAGGACGCGCUCAUAUCCGUUGCUAAACAGUUCCUUGCCAAGAUCGAUCUCGGCAGCACGGCUAUCAGGAACGCCGUCUGCAACGUCUGCAUGACCAUCCACUCCUCCGUGCGCAGCUGCGCCGCCAAGUUCCUGCAAGAGCUUAGGAGGCACACCUACACCACUCCCACCAGCUACCUUGAGCUGAUCAACAUGUACACGUCGAUGCUGGAGCAGGAGAGGAAGACCAUCAACGACAAGGUGGAGCGCUACCAGAGCGGAUGCGACAAGCUGGAGGCGACCAACGCCAUGGUGUCGCAGCUCCAGGCUGAGAUCAUCAAGUUGCAGCCCGUGCUGGAGGUUGCGGGGAGAGAGACGACGGAGCUGAUCAGUGUCGUCACCAAGGACAAGGAGGCGGCUGCUGUGGUGCAGGCCAACGUGGAGCAGGAGGCGACCAAGGUGAAUCAGGCGACGAAGGAGGCAAAUGCGAUCAAGGAGGACGCACAGAAGGACCUGGACGAGGCUCUUCCUGCCUUCGACUCUGCGGUGAAGGCGCUCAAGGCGCUGAACAAGAACGACAUCACGGAGAUCAAGUCGUUCAGCAAGCCGCCGGAGAUGGUGCAGACGGUGAUGGAGGCUGUGUGUAUCCUCAAGGGAGUGAAGCCCAACUGGGACGAGAGCAAGAAGCUGCUGAACGACAACAACUUCCUCGUUGGUCUUGAAACCUAUGACAAAGACAAUAUCUCGGAAAAGAUCAUCCGCGGGCUUCAGAAAUACAUCAACAACCAAGAUUUCGUGCCUGAUAAGGUCGAGAAGGUGUCCAAGGCCGCAAAGUCUCUCUGUAUGUGGGUCAGGGCCAUGGACGUGUACGCGCGAGUCGCCAAGAACGUCGAGCCGAAGAAGCAGAAGCUCGCAGAAGCUGAGAAGCAGGUGGCGGAGAUGAGCAAACUGUUGGCGGCGAAGCAGAAUGAGCUGCAGACGGUGCUGGAUCGAGUGAGGGAGCUGGAGAACAAGCUGUCGGAGACGCUGAAGAAACGAGACGAGCUGCAGCAGCAGUCGGACGAAUGUCAGGCGCGUCUGGGUCGAGCUGAACAGCUCACGGGCGGCCUUGCAAGUGAGCAGAGGAGGUGGACGGCGGAGCUGAAGCAGCUCAACCAGGACAAGAUCGAUCUCAUUGGCAACAUCCUCCUCUCCGCCGGCUCCAUCGCCUACUCGGGGCCCUUCACCUCCACCUUCCGGCACCAGCUCAUCCAGGAGUGGGUCGCCUCUUGCAAGGAGUAUGAGAUCCCCGUCGACAACCAUUUCACUCUCGAGCGCGUCCUCGGGGACCCUCCCGAAGUCCGUCAGUGGAACAUCCAAGGGCUGCCUGCUGACCCUCUCUCCGUCGAGAACGGCAUCAUCGUAACCCGCGGCCGUCGCUGGCCUCUAAUGAUCGAUCCGCAGACGCAGGCGAACAGGUGGAUCAGAGCGAUGGAGAAGAAGAACAGGAUCCAGGUGAUCAAGCUUACUGAGAGCACCUACCUCCGCACCCUCGAGAACUGCAUCCGGGUCGGCAACCCCGUGCUGCUGGAGAACGUGGAGGAGAAUCUCGACCCAGCUCUAGAGCCCGUGCUCUCCCGCCAGGUCUUCAAGCAGCAGGGUCGCCUCCUUAUCCGCCUCGGUGACACGGACGUGGACUACAGCCCGGACUUUCGCUUCUACGUUACUAGCAAGCUGCCGAACCCCCACUACCCCCCCGAGAUCUGCGUCAAGGUGACGGUAGUCAACUUCACGGUGACGCCCAAGGGCCUCGAGGACCAGCUGCUGGUGCAGGUGGUGGCGCACGAACGGCCGGAGCUCGAGGAAGAGAAGAACAACCUCGUGCUGCAGAUCGCGACCGGGCAGAAGCAGCUCAAGGACAUCGAGGACAAGAUCCUGCACAUGCUCGCCGUGUCGCAGGGGAACAUCCUGGACGACACAGAGCUCAUCGAGACGCUGGGAGCGAGCAAGACAACGUCGGUCGAGAUCAAUUCCCAGCUCGCCCAGGCCUCGGAGACUAAGACGAAGAUCGACACAGCAUGUGAGGGCUACCGGCCCGUGGCGAAGAGAGGAGCGCUCCUGUACUUCGUGGUGGCAGACCUGGCAGGGAUCGACCCCAUGUACCAGUACUCCCUCCAGUUCUUCGUGAAGCUCUUCAACAGCUCUAUGGACCGAGCGGCUCACAGUGAGGACCUGGAGGAGAGGGUUCAGACCAUGAUCCGCGUUAUCACCGAGGACGUGUACACUCAAGUGUGCCGGGGGCUCUUCGAAAAGGACAAGAAACUUUUCUCGUUCCUCAUCACCGUCCAGAUCCUCCGGAUGGAGCAGGAGAGCAUCUCCGACGGAGAGUGGUCCUUCUUCCUCACCAAGGGAGGCUUCGUGGACGAGAACGACCUCCCUCUGAACCCGGCAGAGGACUUCAUCAACAAGACAGUGCUCGGAGGGCUCAAGAACCUCGACGCGAUCCCGACGUUCCACGGGGUGCUGGACAGCUUCAGGCAGGAGACGGAAGCAUGGAGGGAAUGGUGUCAAAACGACUCUCCUCAGGACCUGAAGCUGCCAGCUGGAUGGGGGGAGCGGCUAAACGCCUUUCAGCAGCUGAUGCUCAUGCGAGUGCUGCGCGACGAGAAGGUCGUGGCGGCGGUAACGAUCUUCAUCCUCAACAACGUGGGGAAGUUCUUCGUGGACGUGCCCGCCUUCGACCUCGCGUCCUCGUACAAGGACUCCUCUCCCCUCAUCCCCAUCAUCUUCGUGCUCUCGACGGGAGCAGACCCGACGCUCUACCUGCAGAACCUGGCCAGGGACAUGGGCUUCUUCGAGCGGCUGAAGAUGAUCUCGCUGGGGCAGGGGCAGGGCCCCAUCGCUGAGUCGCUCAUCUCCAUGGGGAGGGAGGGAGGAGACUGGGUGUGCCUGCAGAACUGUCACCUUGCUUCCUCGUGGAUGCCUGAGCUCGAGAAGCUGCUGGAGAGCCAUCAAAGCCUCAAGCUGCACGAAGACUUCCGGCUGUGGCUGACCUCGAUGCCCUCCAAGGUGUUCCCAGCUAGCGUCCUGCAGUCUGGGAUCAAGCUGACCAACGAGCCUCCCAAGGGGCUGAGAGCGAACCUGAAGCGAACGUACGAGGACUUGACGGAGGAGGAGUUUGAAUACUUCGACGUCAAGGAGGGCCUUGAGGACAAGGACAACAAGAGUCGAGCAUGGAAGAAGCUGCUCUUCGGCCUGAGCUUCUUUCACGCGAGCAUUCAAGAGAGGAGGAAGUACGGAGCCAUCGGCUGGAACAUCCGGUACGAGUGGAACCAGUCGGACCUGCUCACCGCCAUGGCGAACUUGCGCAUGUACCUGGAGGAGCAGAGCGAGGUCCCGUACGAGACUCUGAGAUAUGUGGUGGGAGAUGUCAACUACGGAGGAAGAGUGACGGACUACAUGGACCAGCGAUGUGUUGCUGCUAUCCUGAGCACCUACUUCUGCGACGAGGCUGUCCGCGACGACAACUACAGGUACACCGAGGAUGGCAAGUACUAUGCCCCCGUACGAGGAGGCAUCGAGGACACUCGGGAGUAUGUCGACAACCUGCCCUUGCUCGAUCGCCCCGAAGUGUUCGGCCUCCAUCGCAACGCGGCCAUCGCCUUCGAGAACAGCGAGACCAAGUACUUUGUGGAGACGAUCAUCUCCAUCCAGCCUCGCAGCGGGGGAGGAGGAGGAGGCAAGUCGACGGAUGAGAUCGCUGCCGAGCUAGCAGCGGAUCUUGCGAGCAAGCUGCCUGCGGCGCUGACCGACAAGAACGCGGCGGAAGCAACCUUCGUCAAGGACAAGAACGGGGCCAUGAACUCUCUGGGAACCUUCCUGCAGAUUGAGAUGGGCAAGUUCAACAAGCUGCUCAAGGCCAUGUCGACGUCUCUCGACGAGCUUCAAAGGGCCAUCAAGGGUACCAUAGUCAUGUCAGCGCAACUGGACGCCAUGUAUCAGGCUCUCAUCUUCCAGCGGGUCCCCGACGUCUGGUCCAACGUUGGGUACCUCUCCCUCAAGCCCCUCGGCUCCUGGAUCAAGGACUUCACGCAGAGGAUGGACUUCAUGUCCAGGUGGAUCGAGCACGGACCCCCGGACGCCUUCUGGAUGUCGGCCUUCUUCUUCCCGCAGGGCUACAUGACCGCAGCGCUGCAGAUGUACGCGAGGAACACCAUGAUAGCCAUCGACACCCUCGACUUCCGCACUCAAGUCCUCGCCAUCACUCCCGAAGAAGUCGUCUCCAGCCCCAAGCAGGGCGUCUACUUCUAUGGCUCCUUCGUGGAGGGCGCGAGGUGGGAUAGCAAGACAGGCUCGCUGGAGGAGAGCCACGUCGGGGAGACUCACGUGUACAUGCCUGUCAUCUGGCUCGACCCCAUAGUCAAGGACGACUCCUACGGCCGCGAGCCCGGCACAGAGACUGACUGCCCCCUUCAGGUCUCCUCGCGUGCUGGGACGCUCUCCACGACCGGUCACUCCACCAACUACAUCAGAAGCCUUCAGCUCCCGGCUGGCAACAGCUCAUCAGAGCACUGGGUGAGAAGGUCCGUAGCGCUGCUGUCGUCGUUGGACGACUAG